AUGGUCGAAUUAUCAACUUUACUUAUCCAUGCUGAUGAUAAAAACAACAGAGUUACUGACGUAGCUCCUCCAAUCAACGUCACAACUACCUUCAGAUAUGAAGAACAAGACUUGAUCCCAAUUAUUGAAAGAGAAGAUAUGAGCUUCUUAGAUGAAAGACCUGUUUAUUCACGGGAAGGUCAUCCAAAUGGUACAAGGUUAGAAACCUUAUUCUCAGAAUAUCUUGGUGGUCAUGCAGUAAUUUACUCUUCUGGCUUAUCUGCUUAUUUUGCUGCAAUUAUGAGUUUCAAUCCAAAGAGAAUCUUCAUGUCUCAAAACUAUCAUGGUUGUAUUGCUAUCGCUGAAAUGUUUCAAAGAAAUGGUAUGGUGAAGAAAUAUACUUUAGACGAGAUUGAACAAUAUGCUGAAAAAGGUGAUAUUGUUCACUUAGAAUCUCCUGUUAACCCAUUUGGUACCUCUUAUGAUAUCGAGGCCUUUGCUAAGAGAGCUCAUGCGAAAGGUGCUUUAUUACUUGUAGAUGGCACUUUCGCUCCACCACCUUUGCAAAAUGUUUGGGAUUUUGGUGCUGAUAUCGUUAUGCAUUCAGCAACAAAAUAUUUUGGCGGUCAUUCUGAUUUGCUGGGUGGUGUUCUUGUCGUUAAGGAUAAAAAACGUCAAGAAUUAUUAAAAGAAGAUAGAAUUAAUUUGGGCACUAAUAUUGCCAACCUUGAAAGUUAUCUGCUUUUGAGAUCUUUAAGAACUUUUGAAAUGAGAAUAAUGAAACAAUCUGAAAAUGUAACUAAAAUUGUCAAGUAUUUGGAUGAAAACAAAGGAAAAUAUGGCAAAGUUCUAAGAGAUAUUACUCAUUCCUCCUUACAAAAGGAAGAUUUUGUUAAGAAACAACUGAAGGGUGGUUAUAACCCUGUAUUUUCAAUCACCUUAAAUACAGUUGAACAAUGCAAGAGUUUUGCAUCUCAAUUGAAAUACUUUCAACAUGCGACUUCACUAGGCGGUGUUGAAUCAUUGGUUGAAUGGAGGGCCUUAUCAGAUCCUCAUAUUGAUCAAACUUUAGUUAGAGUUUCUGUUGGGUGUGAAUCUGCUGAUGAUUUAAUUAAAGAUCUUGCAUCUGCAUUACAAAACUUACAAGAUGAAGCAAAUUAA